AUGGGGAAGAGAGCCAGAGAAGAGGCAGAGGAAACCUUUGAUGGUCUCCAGAGUCUGCAUCAGGAAGGAGGGAAGGCUGUAGAUCUAGGAUCCACAAAGACAGAACAGAUUCUUCAGGAAGGACCAGAAGUCGAUGGCAGAGAGAUCAACCAGGACGUUUAUCCGGUUUCAGGCAGUCAGAGUGUUUCUCAGGCAGGACGCGCCGCCAUAAAAUGUGGCGUCUGUGGAAAAGUCUUUAGGAAAAACUAUCACCUGAAGAUGCAUCACAUGAGCCACACGGGAGUGAAGCCGCACGUCUGCAAUGAAUGCGGGAAAUCUUUCAAAGCCGCGUCCACUCUGAGAUAUCAUGCCAGGAUGCACACGGGCGAGAGGCCAUACUCCUGUGAGACGUGUGGGAAAAGCUUCAGGGGCAGCUACAGCAUGUUGGUCCACAUGAGAACCCACACUGGGGAGAAGCCAUAUCUGUGCAACACCUGCGGGAAGAGAUUCACCAACUCAUCAGCCUUCAAGUGGCACACCGCCAUCCACAUGGGCGACCGAAGGUAUUCCUGCCAGAUCUGUGGGAAAAGCUUCACCCAGAGUGGAAACCUGAAGGCUCACGUGAGGACGCACACCGGCGAGAAGAAGCACUGCUGCAAAACCUGUGGGAAACGUUUCAGUCGGAGCAACAGCCUGAUUGUCCACAUGAGGACGCACACAGGAGAGAAGCCGUACUCCUGCAGCUCGUGUGGGGAGAGGUUUCAAUACGCUGCAAAGCUGAAAAAACACGCCACAACGCACCUGCAUGUGAGGACGACGUGUCUGUCCAACGCAGAGGGGACGAGUGUCCCGAAACAUCUGCAGGGACAACAGGUGGCGUUGGGAAACGUGAAGUAAAUCAAAGCUGUGUGAGUUUCCAACAUCUUCAGCAAUCUGCAACAGAACCAGAACACUGAGCCUCACAGACAGGUGGGAACCGGCUCCCUCUACUGGCCAACUGUGGGAAAAGUUCUGAAGAGCAUUUUAGUUCUGAUGAGUUUGAGAUGAAUGAUGUUUUAUGUCUGGAAGGUUGAAUCUAAACAGCAGAACGUCACAGAUGACCUGGGACAUUAAACGACAACAGUGUCUUCAGUCAGAGGCUUCUGCUGAUUCACUGUAACAGACUGCUACAGGAGAUCCUCCCUGCCACAGACAUCAACCUCAUCAACUUCAUCAACCUCAUCAACCUCAUCAACCUCAUCAACUUCAUCAACCUCAUCAACCUCAUCAACCUCUGCAUCGCUUUGACGUUGAGUAAUAACGUAUAAAUAUCUGUCAUUUUGUUCUUUACAGUAAAGAAUCUUUUUUUGUAAAUUUUUCCAGUUUUACUAAAAACCUGUUUUCCUUUUUCUGUGACAAGCCUGAGAGAAAUAAAUCUGUAGAAAACAGAGAAACCUGAAAAAUGUUCAUUAAAACAUUGAAAAACAGA